AGUUUCAGUUUUCGAUUGUACGGUGUGCGGUGUUUGUGAACGGAAAGCAACGAACGAUAAGUUUAAUUUCUAUAUAUCAGAGAAAAAGAAAAAAAAGGGAAAAAUGUCAGUUCAUGUAAAAAAAUUUCUCUCACCACUAUCAAAUUAUGCAAAAUCAAUUUCAAGCAAACAAUUUUCCAUUUCGUCCUGUUCACGAGAAAAAGUUGCUUUUAAAUGGAACGAUCCAUUAAAUAUGGAAUCGCAAUUAAAUUCCGAUGAAAUAAUGAUGAGAGAUCAAUUUAGAGUCUAUUGUAAAGAAAAUCUCUUACCACGUGUAAUUGACGCGAAUCGAAAUGAAUAUUUCGAUAUAGCAAUAAUGAAGGAAUUGGGUAAAAUGGGCGUUCUUGGUUGUACAAUAAAGGAUUAUGGCGGUGCUGGUGUCUCAAAUGUCACCUAUGGUCUUUUAACAAAGGAAGUUGAAAAAAUUGACAGCGGUUAUCGGUCAGCAUUUUCCGUUCAAUCGUCAUUGGUUGCGGGUGCUAUUUAUUCUUACGGCAGCGAGGAACAAAAGAAGAAAUAUUUACCAUCUCUCAUUGCUGGUGAUUUAAUUGGUUGUUUCGGUUUAACUGAACCAAAUCAUGGCAGUGAUCCAGGAUCAAUGGAAGCAAAAGCUAUUCUCGAUCCUAGUAAAAAAUAUUACAAACUAAGUGGUAGCAAAACAUGGAUCACAAAUUCACCAAUAGCGGAUAUAAUGAUCGUCUGGGCGAAAUGUGAUGGUGAAAUUCGAGGGUUUAUCGUUGAGAGAGAAGGAAAUGAAGGUCGAGUUGAGACUCCAAAAAUUAAUGGAAAAUUCUCAUUGAGAACUUCAAUAACCGGAAUGAUUUUAAUGGAUGAUGCUAUGGUUCCUGUUGAAAAUAUAUUUCCCACUGUAAAAGGUCUCAAGGGUCCUUUUGGAUGUCUAAACAAUGCUCGUUACGGAAUUGCUUGGGGUGCAUUGGGAGCUGCUGAAUCUUGUUUAAAAUUGGCAAGACAAUAUGUAAUGGACAGAAAACAAUUUCAACGGCCCUUAGCAGCAAAUCAACUUAUACAAAAAAAAAUGGCAGAUAUGAUGACGGAAAUUGCAAUUGGGUUGCAGGCCUGCCUUCAAGUUGGAAGACUAAAGGAUGAAAAUAAAGCAACACCUGAAAUGAUUUCAAUGAUAAAAAGAAAUUCGACUGGAAAAGCAUUGGAUAUUGCUCGAAAUGCAAGAGAUAUGCUUGGCGGAAACGGAAUUUCUGACGAAUACCACAUAAUUAGACAUCUCCUGAAUCUGGAAACUGUAAACACCUACGAAGGAACACAUGACAUUCAUGCCCUGAUUCUUGGAAGAGCUAUCACUGGAAUUCCCGCUUUUGCUGGAUAAAUUUAUAAACC